CGUGGAGUCACGUGUUCAGGGCGCGAGCCGUCUCCCCGGGGGCUCUUCCUGUCACGGCUGCCUCGGCGGCCCUGGGGCCGCGAGAGGCCUGGGCGGUGCCGGGCGGGAGGAGGCCCGGGUUGGUUUCGGAUCCGCUGCGAGACAGGUACCUAGGCUGCCAAGAUGCCAGGGCCAAGACCUCGGAAGGGUCCUCAGGCCAGUGGCCAGGGUGUGGCGGCUGCCAAGCAGCUCGGGCUCUUUGUGGAGUUCAACCCUGAGGACAUGCUGCUAGGGGCGGAGGAGACUGAAGAUGACGGGGACCUGGAGGCCGAGCUGCUGGCCCUCACUGGGGAAGCAGGAACCACAGGCAGGAAGCCAGCACCCAAGGGGCAGGCCCCCCUACCUAUGGCCCAUAUUGAGAAGUUGGCAGCGGACUGUAUGCGGGAUGUGGAGGAGGAGGAAGAGGAGGAGGACGGCCUGGAGGAGGAUGCAGACUUGCUGACUGAGCUGCAGGAAGUCCUGGGUGCAGAUGAGGAGGCUGUGCCCAUGGAUGACAGUGAGACAGCCAGUCCAGGUGACUCUGAGGAGGAGAACGGGCAGGAAAACAUUGAACCUCCAGUGCAGACAGCUUGCCUAACAGCUCCCGUCCCAGCGGCUCAGGCUGGAGGGCCUCAGGGGCUGCAGGCUCUGCUGGAGGAUCGGAUCCACAACUACCGGGAGGCCGCGGCCAGUGCCAAGGAGGCAGGUGAAGCAGCCAAAGCCAGGCGCUGUGAGCGUGGCCUGAAGACUCUGGAGUCCCAGCUGGCUGCUGUGAGGAAAGGCAGGAAGAUCAAUGAGGAUGAGAUUCCACCCCCAGUGGCCUUGGGAAGGAGGCCCCUGGUCCCCCAGGAAACAACCAACAGGAACCCCGAAGCAGAAUCCCCAGCUCCCCCUGCCACGGGGCCAGAGAGCCCCUCCCAGCCCGAGACAAGCCUCUUGGGCAGCCCUGGUGUUUCUGCCCCACCUGAUUCAGACCCAGAUCUCCGGGCCCUGCUCUUGGCUCGACAGAGAGAAUACAAAGUGGCUGCCCUGAAUGCGAAGCGGGCUGGGGACCUGGACCACGCCCGAGAGCUCAUGAGGAUUGGUAAGAGAUUUGGUGUCAUCCUGGAGGCCCUGGAGAAGGGGCAGCCUGUGGACCUGAAUGCCCUGCCCCCAGCGCCUGAGGACCUGAAGCCCCUUCCACAGGCUUCCAAUGCCCCCACAGCACCCUCAGUUGUAUCUCCAGCAGUGGAGCGAGUACAGCCAGUGAUGGCCGCUGACAUCCCAGCAACCCCCGUGGCCCCUGCUGAGCCACAGACAGUGCUAGACGCCCUGCAGCAGAGGCUGAACAAGUACCGUGAGGCGGGCACCCAGGCUCGGGGCAGUGGGGAUGAGCGCAAGGCCCGGAUGCAUGAGCGCAUUGCCAAGCAAUAUCAAGAUGCCAUUCGAGCACACCGAGCAGGACGAAAAGUUGACUUUGCCGAGUUGCCUGUUCCUCCGGGAUUCCCACCUAUACCUGGCCUGGAGCCCACUCUGGGUCCUGAGGAGGAUGUGGUGGCAGCUACUUUAGCAGCUGCCCAGAAACUGGCCUCCUCGGAGGAUACAGCCCCAGCAGAGGAAGAUGAGGAUGCGGACAAGGAUGAGCUCCCAACCCAGGCCCCAUUGGCCAAGAAGCCAGCACAGCCUCGGGUCCCUUCAUCCCGGCCCCUGCCUGAGCCCAAGGCCUCGCGUUCUAAGGAGCUGCUGAGUCCCUCUGUGGGAGAGCAGCUGGCCCUGCUAGAGGCACGGAAGCUGCAGUACCAGCGGGCAGCCCUGAAGGCCAAGCGUGGCCAGGACCUGGAACAGGCCAAAGCCCAUCUGCGAGUGGCCAAAUGCCUUGAGGCUCAGAUCAUCCAGGUGAGAGCCGGCCGACCUAUGGACCUCUCCAAGGUGCCUUCACCCUUAACGGAUGAGGAGAGUGACUUCAUCCUGAUCCACCACGAGGACCUGCGGCUCUCCCAGAAGGCUGAGGAGGUGUAUGCCCAGCUACAAAAAUUGCUUCUGGAGCAACAUGAGAAGUGUCUGCUGUUCUCCAAGCAGUUCAUGCACCAGGGCAAUGUGGCUGAGACGACCCGGUUUGAGAAGCUUGCUCAGGACCGCAGUAAGCAGCUUGAGAUCCUGCAGCUGGCCCAGGCCCAGGGCCUUGACCCUCCCAACCACCACUUUGAGUUGAGGACAUUCCAAACUGUGAGGAUCUUUGCAGAACUCAACAGCACAGAAAUGCACCUGCUUAUUGUCCGGGGAAUGAACCUCCCAGCCCCUCCAGGGGUGACCCCUGAUGACUUGGAUGCUUUUGUGCGGUUUGAGUUCUACUACCCUAAUUCGGAACAGGCUCAAAAAAGCAAAACUGCGGUGGUGAAAAACACAAACUCUCCAGAAUUUGAUCAACUCUUCAAACUAAACAUCAACCGAAACCACCGGGGCUUCAGGAGGGUGAUUCAAAGUAAAGGAAUCAAAUUUGAAAUCUUCCACAAAGGAUCCUUCUUCAGAAGUGACAAGCUGGUCGGCACAGCCCACCUGAAACUGGAACGGCUGGAGCAUGAGUGUGAGAUCAGAGAGAUCGUGGAGGUUCUGGAUGGAAGGAAGCCCACUGGGGGCAAGCUGGAGGUGAAGGUGAGGCUGCGGGAGCCUCUGAGCGGCCAGGACGUGCAGACGGUCACCGAGAACUGGCUGGUCCUGGAGCCCAGGGGCCUGUAAGGUGCACAGCUCUCUGGGCCCUUAGAACCUCUGCCCCAGCUCGCUGCCUGGGCCUCCAUGGAGACCCUUCUAGUUCGCAGCUCGUAUCUAAGGAGAAAGCCUAGGGUUUUCUCAUCUGUGAGGAGGACCAAGAGGCAAACUUCUGGGGUAAGGCUCAGGCUGAGUUUCUCACGAUCUUGAGUAGAACCGCGGAGGGAAGUUAACUUUCCCAGGUCUGUUCUUCAGGAGAUCCUUUCUAAAAUCUACUUGUAUGUUCACUGCAGUUUAGACUUACUUCCUGUGCUUUGUGCCCUUGUACAACAGAGGAUCGAUGCUGGGAGAGGAGUCAGGCCAGCAACUCCUCCCCAGGUUUUUCUCCUCAGCUUUGCUGGCUGUGGAAGCCUUUGUCCUAAAGGAGAUGCUGCUACACAAGCACCAAAGACCUAGCAAGUAUUGGCAUCACUGACUAUGGCCCAGGGCCCUACUGGCACCUUCCCAGGCCUCCACCAAAGCAGGAUUCCCCCUCCUCCGCCCUCUGGGUGAAGGCAUGGAC